AUGAAGACCGCAGCUGUCCUCCUCGGUCUUUCCUCGUCUCUUUCCAUGGCUGCUCCAGCAAACGUCCAGCGCACCGAACUGGGCACUUACCCCAUCGACUCCAGCCUUGUUGAAAGGCUCUCCAUCCUUCCCGCAGUCUGUACCGGAACCACUCCACUAUGUUGCGCAUCCGAUGUCCUCGGCAAUAUACUUUCCCUCAACUGCGUGGCGCCCGCGGCAACUCCAAUUACCGUCCUUGGAUUCCAAGCCGCCUGUCUGAUUGAUGGAGGCCGACUACCCCGAUGCUGCACCCUCAGUGUUGGUGGCUCAGCUCUGCUUUGCAGGGCGCCCGGCGUCUGA